GGCACGUGUAUGCAAAUGAGCGCGGUAUACUGGGGAGCGUCAGGGUCUCCAUCUGAUCCUUGGACUGGAUCACAUGAGACGCCGGCGGCCAACCCAAACCUUUGCGAAUCCCUCCUUCAACACCCUUCUCCCCCUCCUCCUGCCCAUCUGGAAGUUAAUAAGAGGGAUCCCGUGCAGAGAUUCCCUCACAAGCUCCCACUUGGACCCAGACAACACUCACAGCACACAAACGGAACCAUGCCUGUGCCAAAGAAAGCAGGAAGUAAAAACAGCACUGCAGCUGAAGAGAAGCUGCCUCCCUACGAGCCUAACAUCCCUGAACCCACCACAAGGGCCGACUUUGUCAAAUACUGGGUGCCCAUCUCCUUGGACGACAAAACCGCACAGAAACUGCUGUGGAUCUCAGAGGGCGGAGCUAAGGUGGCUCGCACCUCGGACGCCGUGUGUCCGUAUCCCAACAGGCCCGAGCGAUAUGAACACUCGCCACAGGUCCUGUGCAAGGAGGGUCUUCUGGGCUCCCGGGGCUACUGGGAGGUGAACUACGACGGCUGGGUGGUGAUCGGCGUGGUGGCGGACAGCGCGCCCAGGAAGGACGGCCCCUGCGGCCUGGGGGAGAACAGCAGCUCCUGGGGGGUGGGCUGGUCCGGCUCCUGCUACCAGGUGUGGCACAACGGCGAGAACGUGGACAUCAACCUGCCCCUGUGCCACACCAUGGGCGUCUACGUGGACCAGCCAGCCGGUAUCGUCAAGUUCCUGCUGGUGGAGGGCGAGGACGCCAAGGAGGUGCGGCUGGUCCACAAGUUCAAGAUAGGCCUGCAGGAGAAGCUUCACCCCGCCAUGUGGGUGGGCACAAACUCCUUCUGCCUCAUCAGGAAGAAGGAGCAGUGACCCCGCUCAGGUGUGGAAGUGGACAUUGAGAAGAAGCCAACUGUGGGGCGUUAACCUCUUCCUCAGUGCAAAUGUUCAAGUAACAGCCACAGUCCUUGGUGUUGUGAACAUGGCCGUUUGCACCCACUCCAUAUUCUAAGACUUUUUCUGACCAGUGAAAAUCUCCCUAAACUGUCUUUUUAUUGUAUUAACGUGUUUUUAUUCAUAACCUUGUCAAAAUCUCCCCAAAUUUGUCUCAAACAUUAUUAUAGUUUUAUUGUUAACAUUUUACUUAUGUUAUGAACAUGUUAUUCACAAUUAUCCCUGCAAUCUAUUAUUUUAUAGUUUUUGUUAUUAACGUGUUAUUAUCCAUAACCAGCCUGCCCUUCACCUUGUCAAAAUAUCCCCAAACUUGUCCCAUUUGUUUUUGCUGCAAAAUGUAGUGUAGUUUUCAUGUUAUUAAGGUGUUAUUAUCAAUAACCAGCGCCCCCUUACAUUGUCAAAAUCUCCCCAAACUUGUCUCAAACAUUUGUGCUCCUUCUUUUUGUCUAUUACAGUUGUAAUGUUAAAAUUUUAGUUUUUAUGUUAUGAAUGUUAUUCACAAUUACCCUGCAGAUGUGUCAAAAAUAACUGUCCAUUGUUUUUCUGUUAUUGUUUCAUAGUUUUCAUGUUAACGUUUUAAUCAUAACCUGCCAUCCCUUACAUUGUAAAAAUCUCCCCAAACUCAACGUUUGUGCUGCCAAUUAUGUUUUUCUCUAUUAGUAUAUAUAUAUAUCUAUAUAUAUAUAGAUAUAUAUAUAUAGAGAUAUAUAUAUAUAUAUGUGUGUAUAUAAACUGUAUAUACAUAUGUAUACAUAUAUGUAGAUAUAUAUGUGUGAAUACAUAUGUAUAUAUAUACAUGUUUAUAUGUAUAUAUAUGUGUAUAUACAUUGUAUAUAUGUGUGUGUAUGUAUAUAUAUAUAUGUAAUAUAUAUGUGUGUAUAUAUACACAUGUAUGUUUGUAUAUAUACACAUAAAUCCAUCCAUUUUCUACCGCUUGUCCCUUAUGAGGUCGUGGGGGUGCUGGAGCCUACCCCAGCUGUUUUUAUGUUAUGAACAUCCAUCCAUCCAUCCAUCAUCUUCCGCUUAUCCGAGGUCGGGUCGCGGGGGCAACAGCCUAAGCAGGGAAACCCAGACUUCCCUCUCCCCAGCCACUUCGUCUAGCUCUUCCCGGGGGAUCCCGAGGCGUUCCCAGGCCAGCCGGGAGACAGUCUUCCCAACGUGUCCUGGGUCUUCCCCGUGGCCUCCUACCGGUUGGACGUGCCCUAAACACCUCCCUAGGGAGGCGUUCGGGUGGCAUCCUGACCAGAUGCCCGAACCACCUCAUCUGGCUCCUCUCGAUGUGGAGGAGCAGCGGCUUUACUUUGAGUCCCUCCCGGAUGGCAGAGCUUCUCACCCUAUCUCUAAGGGAGAGCCCCGCCACACGGCGGAGGAAACUCAUUUCGGCCGCUUGUACCCGUGAUCUUAUCCUUUCGGUCAUGACCCAAAGCUCAUGACCAUAGGUGAGGAUGGGAACGUAGAUCGACCGGUAAAUUGAGAGCUUUGCCUUCCGGCUCAGCUCCUUCUUCACCACAACGGAUCGGUACAACGUCCGCAUUACUGAAGACGCCGCACCGAUCCGCCUGUCGAUCUCACGAUCCAUGAACAUUUUAUUGAUAAUCAACCCCGCAACCUUAUCAAAAUCUUAUAUGUGCUACAAACUUUUUUGUCUAUUUUAAUAUUGUUUCAUAGUUUUUAUGUUUACGUGUACUAACACAUUAAUCAUAACCAACCAAUCUCCUGAAACUCGUCUCAAGCGUUUGCGCUCAAUUAGUUUUAAAGUAAACAUCGUAUAGUUUUUAUGUUAUGAACGUGUUGUUAUUCAUAUUUCACCCCGCACCCUUUUUAAAAUCUCAUAUUUGCCAGAAUUUUUUUUUGUCCGUUUUAUAGUUUUUAUGUUAACAUAAUAAUGGAUUAGAUUUAUAUCGCGCUUUUUUAUCGACUAGAUACUUAAUCAUUUCCAAACUUGACCCCAAUCGUUUUUGCUGCAAUUUUUUUGUCUAACAGAUGUAUUUUGUUAUUGUUUUAACAAUCAAAACCAGCGUUAACAUAAAAACUAUAAAAGUUGGACAAAAAAAUUUUCCAGCUCAAGGUGGGGUGGCUGGUUAUAAAUAAAUAAAAAAAUUAUAACACAAAAACUAUAAUAGAGGAAAAAAAUGCAGCACAAACAAAAGGGGGAUUUUGACAAGGUGGGAUGACGUCACUGCUCAGAAAAUGUAUUUUAGAAUAACUUAAAAACCUAAACAGCACAAAGGAAUGGCAGUUAUUUUAAUAUUUGGAAUGAUAAGGAGAGCAACUUCACAAAGGGGUAGAAGAUGCCUUGUUUUCUUAUAAUAUUGUUCAUCUAAAUGUGUUGGGCUUUUUUUAGAUUUAGUCUUUGCAACUCGACCAGAGCGCUCGUCGGGCUUUGUCACCUGCCUCUUGCUUUGUGUGCAUAAGGACGCCCUCUAGCGGCCUUCUGUAGCACUGCACCAGUCACGUUAUCACACUGCAUUUCUCCUGGCCUUCCGCUCCUUUAUUUCAAACAUAAAAGUACUUUGAACACAA